GGGCCAGAGCGCAGGCGCACAGUGGCGCACGCCGGAUACCGCGAGAAGAGACUGAGCGCUCUCGCCCCUCCUCAGCGGGACUUUUGGAAUGAUCAGUUUUCUGGGCUAAUAGUUCACUCUCAAAAUGGAAGAACCUGUAUUAAACAGCCCUUCAUCUUUGCGCUCUACACCAGAGAAUUGUGAGCCUCAGAGCAGCAGCAGCAGCAGUUCUAGCUCAGGAAAACAGCCAAUGAGUGCAACCCUUCGAGAACGGUUGAAGAAAACAAGACGGUCUUUUAAUUCAACAUUGACUGUAGCAAAGCGCCUUAAAAUCAGUGAAGAAAAUGACUGCUUUAUGUAUGAAGAGAUGACUUCAUCUAAAAAAGAGCCACAUUCCACACCACAGUAUGAGGGCAAAUGCUCAGAAAAAGUCUCUGAUAAUAUAAUGUGUAUGAAAAGCAAUUUGCAAGACAGAGUGCUUUGUGAGUAUGAAUGUAAUAGAAUCAGUAAAACUGGACAGAAUUCUCCACAACUUCUGUUAGACACUAAUUGCAGUUGGUCAGAACUCCUGGAAGAGAAGAUGAAAUUGGUAAAGCAGAUUCAGGAAAAAGAGGAACUUCUUCGAAGACUUAAGCUGGUCAGGAUGUAUAGAGGAAAGAAUAACCUGACAGAAUUGCAGUCACUGAUAGCAAAAUGGCGAAGCAGUUCCCAAGUCAUACUGUAUGAGUUACAGUCUGCAUUGUCUACAGAUGGCAAGAAAUUAAGUAUUACAGAGCUGAUAGACAAUUUGGGACUAGAUGAUGAAUUGCUACAUUAUAUCAGAACAGAGGAAGAUUUUACAGAUGCAUGACUAUAAGCAAUUUAUCUAACAUCCCUCCUAAACAGCUUGAAGGUUUUCAUCUGUUUUUUGUCCUGAACUAGACAAAAAACCAUGUGAUUUUUAUGUAGCAAAGGCUAGAACCAAACAAGCUUUUAGGCAAAGUUAAGCCUUUCAUUUACAUGUUGAAAGCAUUAAAAUGUGAAAAAGAAACUGGCUGUAUUACAGCAGAUUCCAUACUUUCUUAUGAUUAGUGCGAUUUCAUACUCUGUAAUACAUGUAUUUUUAAUAUAGGGUUUCCUUUUCUGUUCAAGCAGAAUCAUCAGAGAACUCAGUAUAUAUUCUGUAUAUAUUAAAUCAGAAACCUGAAUGUCACUUUAUGCUUCUCUGUAACCCAGGAUUAGACACACAGGAAACAGGCAUGAACACCGAUAAAAUUAUUGGUAAUUU